AUAUAAUACAUAUAAUAUUCAAUUGCAUAAAAAAGACUGCAUUUAAAAAUAACCUAAGUAUGUGUUAAGGUUUUCGUUUAUUUUGCAGUUUAGACCUUUUUAUACCUGUUUAUCUAAGACAUCAAUUAAUUUGUGCUUUUGCAUUCCAGUAUUCCUCACUGCGAUAUAUAUCACCAAAAAAAAAAGCUCAAAUCUCAAACCAAGCCCCUUAAACAGACUGUCCAGUAACUGGGGAAAACCGCUGGCCUGAAAUAUUCCACACAGUCCACACGAGUAUAACGAUAUAUUAAGAAAUGCUUGUUAUAUAAAAAAGUGUUAUGAAGAAAAACGUUUUCUUUCGUAUCCUCAGCCCACGUAUUAGUUAAUUAGUAAUCUUUUGAGUGGAUCCCUGUUACCCAUUUAGUGGUAGUUGCAAAGUUGGGAACAAAGCCGUUAACGAAAAGAGUUGCAGACACCUACAUUUUUGCCUCCUGCCUUCCUCCCACAUCGUUGCUGAUGUUCUCUAUUCAAGUACCUAUUUGCAAAUCACCUUUUAACAAUUGACUGUUUACAGCUGUCGGCGAGUGGAAGAAGUCAUAAAUCUUAUCCACAGGGGUGUCCGGAAUGAUAAAAAUACGAAGAGAGAGAGAGAGAGAGAGAGAGAGAGAGAGAGAGAGAGAGAGAGAUUUAAAAGCAUCAUGUUUUGUUUCCAUUUUGCUCUCCGACUUUUCGCCAUCAUUUUUUUUGCAUAUUUCCUUCUAUUGGUUUACUAAAAGAAUCUUCCAAGUCCCACUUAGGGUGUAUAAAAUGAGUCAAACAGGACUGGUGCAUUCUUAACGUGUGUCCCUUAGCCGAGUUACAAUUGUGUGAUCAGGACUCGUUGGUGCGGUUAAAUACGUAAAAAAAUAAUCUACCAUCUAUUUGGAUGCUUUGUUUUCAUACUCCUCCCUCGCUUACAAGUCCGCCUGCUGUCUGUUCUCUUGUUCUCCGACCCCCUCCCAGCAUGUUUUUAUAUUUUGCGCAUAAGUUGUACAAGUUGGUUGUGUGGGAAAAUAUAUGAUACAACACAGUCAGAAUUCGGACUCUGUCCAAAUCUUUGUCCAAAAGAAGACCAGCCCCGCAAAAGCUCGGUCUUGUCAUUUGUUAUGCAACAAUGGAUUAAGUAAGGGAAACAAAUGACUUUUUCUCAUGUCCUUUUUUGAGAUUACCUAACUACACAUGAGCAUAGCCUACCACCUCAACUAGUGAGAAGUGGGAUGAAAAGAGGUGGAUUUCCGCUUGUAGGUCCUCCUGUCCUACUCGCCUGCAAUUAGCAUAAUUUUUCACUGGUGACGCUGUUUGAUGGGGAUUAACGCUCGCGCCUGACACAUUCAAAGCCACCCCCGUUAUUUCCAAACAGCCGGAGAGGCCUGUGAUGACAAUACAAUAACCCACCAAAUGGGGAGUAAAGGGAGAAAAUAACACACACAAAUGCCAGCACCCGAAAGUCAACGGGGAAAUGUGGCGGCGGGGAGUCGAGAGCCCCGUUCGGAUUAUGAUGUUCGGGUUUGUACGGUGAGUGAGAGGAGAGAGGGUAAAGGAAGCGAAAUCUGAGGCCAUUGUUAUCAGCGAGCAGGGCGUACCAGUCGACAGGGCGGCCAGGAGCAGCGCUGCCUGUCCAUUUGCCGUUCUCCUCGCAUACCUCAGAUCUUUCAUGCUUAAACCGUCUUCCCUCUUAAGCCAGUCGAGGGGAUCAAACCAGGAGCGCCCGCACUGUGGCGCGGGCCAGCCGUGCUCGCCAUACCCGCCGUAUGACACUCGCUUACUGGCUGAAAUAUCGAAACGAGGACGAGCUUUCGGCUUUUUGUUUCUUUGAUUGCAGACUGACCGAAUGUGAAAAAAACAUGGUGCCUGCUCGAACGUCUAUCGUCAGAGGCUAAGGUCAGCUUCCAAGAGACCGUUGGAAAAAGACCGUCACGUGACAUCGGGUGCCAAUGUUCUUCCAGAAGGUCGUCAGGACCCUGGUAGCCGGUAACGCGAAUUUUGGAAAUGCAGAAAACCACCUACUACGACAACUCGACACUAUUCGGAGGUUAUUCGUAUCAGGGGGCCAAUGGCUUCAGUUAUGAGGCCCAGCCUGCGGCUUUCCCGAGCUCGGCACACCUCGAUGGCGAUUACCAGAGGUCUGCCUGCUCACUGCAGUCGCUAGGCACCAGUGCGCCCACACAAUCACAGCACGCCAAGACGAAAGAGCUCAAUGGCAGCUGUAUGCGUCCCAGUCUACCAUCUGAACACCACCAGCCUCCCCAAGUUUCUCCUCCUCAAAAUCCUGUGAACCCAACUGGAUCUAGUGCCCCUCAGCAGCCAGGUGGUAGCGGCAGUGGCGGGGCUGGUGGCGGAAGUACCACCAAAUCCUCCACCAAGUCGUCCACACUCACCCAGAACCCCACCAUCACCAAGCAGAUCUUCCCCUGGAUGAAAGAAUCACGUCAGAACACCAAGCAAAAAAACAGCUCCCCCAGCGCAAGCUCAGCUAAUGCGGAGAGCAGUGGCGGCGAGAAAAGCCCUCCGGGUUCCGCGGCUUCCAAGAGAGCGCGCACAGCCUACACGAGCGCACAGCUUGUGGAACUUGAGAAGGAGUUCCAUUUCAAUCGGUACCUGUGUCGGCCUCGACGCGUAGAGAUGGCCAAUCUUCUCAACCUUAGCGAAAGGCAGAUCAAGAUCUGGUUCCAAAACCGCCGCAUGAAGUACAAGAAGGAUCAAAAGUCGAAAGGCAUGGGCUCCUCCUCAGGGGGCCCAUCCCCAACCGGAAGCCCACCCCUUCCAAUGCAGUCCUCAGCCGGUUUUAUGAACUCCAUGCACUCAAUGGGCAGCUAUGACGCGCCGUCGCCGCCAUCUUUCAACAAGCCUCAUCAAAAUGCAUAUGCCAUGUCAUCAUCCUAUCAAAAUUCCAUGAAAGGUUGUCCCUCGCAACAGAAAUAUGGUAACACAGGACCAGAAUAUGACCCACAUGGGCUACAGGGUAGCAGUGGCAACUAUGGGACCCCUAACAUGCAGGGUAGCCCCGUGUACGUAGGAGGGAACUAUGUGGAUGCCAUGCCGGCCACUGGGCCCUCUAUGUACAGCCUCAACCACCUGCCACACCACCAAUCUGCCAGCAUGGACUACAACGGUGCCACACAGAUGUCGGCUAACCAGCACCACGGACCGUGCGAUACACACCCGACAUACACAGAUCUGUCAGCGCACCAUCCUUCUCAGGGUAGAAUUCAAGAAGCACCCAAGUUGACGCAUCUGUAACAGGUUUGGGAAAAUAAAACAGAUAUUAAAAUAAAAGAAGAAAACAAACUAACAAACAAGCAAACACGAACACAGGGGACGAUGCAAUGGGGUUGAAAAAGAUGAUCCAGUGGUUUCUUGCCGUUUCAAUCACAGCAGUUGGUGUUGAUGUUGUCCUUUUAUUCGCCUGUGAGCACAUUCAUUUGUUCAAAAGACAUCUUACAAUCAGUUUUGUAUGCAUAGCUCUGACAGCCCUACUAAAAACAAAGAUUAUGAAUAGUGGGUAAGUGUGGAUAGUGUAUGCCAAUUAAUAGAUUAUUUUUCUGUAUGACCUUGUGUGACUCCCUUUUACGCCAUCGUUGGCAUGCGUGUAUUUUGUCAGCCUAUUGCCGGGUUCUUUACUGUAAAAACUGCUUGAGGGUG